CGGUACAGGAAAAAGGCGUCAAAUUAGCUGUAGCACGGAGAAAAAAAGGGGGAAACAAAUACACCUAAUUUCUGCCACUGGAAAACUAGGAGCAUUUUGAAUUUACACCAGAAGAAACUGAUAAAGGAGGGAGAAUACGCCUAAGGCUGUCCAUCCAACCAUUCAGAUACACAUUCUCGUUGGACUUCCAUAUACAAAUAAAACCCACUGAAGAUGUCUGCCCCAGCAGCUGGCGCCCCCGCGGACGGAGGACCCCAGGCCCCUCCCAACACCACCAGCAACCGCCGCCUGCAGCAGACACAGGCUCAGGUCGAUGAGGUGGUGGACAUCAUGCGUGUGAACGUGGAUAAGGUGCUGGAGAGGGACCAGAAGCUCUCGGAGCUGGACGACCGUGCGGACGCCCUACAGGCCGGGGCCUCGCAGUUCGAGACCAGCGCUGCCAAGCUCAAGAACAAGUACUGGUGGAAGAAUGCCAAGAUGAUGAUCAUUCUGGGCGUGAUAGGUGUCAUCGUCCUCAUUGUCAUCAUUGUCUACUUUAGCUCCUAAGAAGGGCACUUCCUACCCCAGCCUGCACUCGAGACCUCCCACUUUCCAGAAGAUUCUAUGCGAAGAGAGAGAGAGAUGAGGAUACAAUGACUACUACCAGUACCACUACUACGACUACCAAUGUCUACCAACGACAAAAAAAUUGCAAGUAAUCUCCCUUCCCAGCCCCAGCCCCGCCCACAACUACACGCCAGCCGACGAAUCAAGAAAUGGCGGCCCCCCUACCUGGCCCCCUGACCCCCAACGCCUCCACUGCCUCACUAUCGGACCUUCGUCAAUCUUCGUCAGUCCAGUCCAGUGAGCGUGUGGCAAUGUACCCUCUGUAAAUAUAUAACUUGCUUUUCUUAUAUAUUGUUCAUAACUUCAACUUCAGUAGCUCUGGUUGAUAUGCCAAUGUGGCGACAAUGAGGUGUGGAACGAAGUGACAGGGAAAAAAAAUUGGAAAUUGACCCUGGCGAUAAUUGCUGUACACCAGAUGUGAUAUACAUAUACAUAUAUAUAUAUAGAUAUAUAUUGUUCUUUGUAGAGUUUUAUUCUGAUAUGAUGGUUUUUUUGUAGGUUGUGUGUGUAUACUGUAUGCGCGUGUGUGGGUGGGUGUGCAUUUGUAUUUUUUAAUUUUUGUAUUAAUUUACUUUAUGCUUCUAACUGGAAACUACUGCCUAUUGGUCUAAGUGUGUAUAACUUGCACGUUCUCUUUUCUUUUCUGUCUUUUCGUUGUAACUUGCUGGAUAUACGUGUGUCAUUGCACAUAGGGAGUAGCUUACCUUGUUGACGGAAGUUCAGCAUUCAGCUAUCACAUGUCUUUUCGCUACUCUCGCUCUCUUGCCAUGCCUGGUAGCUCACGCGUUCUUAUCAACCAUCCUUUUGGUUUGCAUUUCUUUCUUUCUUCCUUUCAUUCUUCCUUUCUUUUAUUCUUUCUUUCUUUAUUUCUUUCAUCAAAGCUAUGCUCUUAAUCUUCCUCUUUUGAACUGCCAUACUAGAGCUGGACCAAUGUCUGUAGACUUGAUUUUUUUAAAGGUCUUUAGUGUCUUAUCUCUUAAACAUUCCUUCAUAGCAGUAUAGUAAUAUGCUGUCUAUAUUGCAUAAACUUACACACAGUAUGUGUGUCUAUCUUUUUAAAAAAUGAACUAAAGUAAACCUAAAUACCAGACUGCGAAAGUUGUAAAAGCCAGGAGCAAAGAUGGUUGCAGCAAAAAAAUAUAUGUAUACUGUAUAAGUAUAUACGUAUAAACCAAGACAAUUGGUUCAUGUUGCUGUAUUAUUUGCAGACCUUUAUCUACGCUCUCAUAAUGUAGCACAACUGGGAGUUGACAUUAUGAACACUGUCUGUGUGUAUAACGCUGCAUCAUUACCAUUGCUGUAGUGCCCUGUUCGAUUCUAAAGAACACUUACGCGAUUGCGAGAGAAAGGGCAAUUCUCAAAUGAGUUGCGGUAUGAGUAUAAUCUGUUCAGCUGGGCUAUACUAAGUCGAUGCUAUCGUAUAAACUUGCUAAAUGCCAGCAGACGUCCAUUUUUGUACGUUUUAUUAUGUUCGUUCGGGGAGGGUUGUGGUUGGUUUAAAAAAGGGUUAAAAAAACAACACUCAAGCACCUCGUUUUUGACAGCGCUUUCUGACUGGUUUCAUUCAGUGACUAUGUAUGUCCAGACUGAGAAAGAACCUUGUUGCGACAGUGUCAUCUGGCCUGCGCAGGCUUCUAUCUAGGAUCUCAUCCUCACUGUCUUAUUGCUUAUUCAAGCAGGUAACUAAACCAGGCAGACAGACCAAAACAAAACAAAUACGCCUGGUGGUGUGCUUCAGCUAGAGGGGACAAUCCCUACACGGCUUCCAAUUGGUCCUCUUGAUGUCUGCUUCCCUGUUGCUGUCCAAUAAGGAUGCACAACCAUACACUGUAAAGCACACUUUUAUUACAGCUACUGCCGCUCUUACUGUACUAUACAAGCCUGUUGCUACUGCCGUGGUUCUUUCUCUGUUUCUCCUUUUUGUAUUAUUCUCGCUAGAUACUGCCUUUUUUUCUUUCUUUCUUUUUUUAUGAAUUCCUCAUAGACAGAUUAUAUUUGUAUAUUAAAUAUAUUUUUGUGCGUUGAAGAAGCAGACAGGCCGGGGGGACGGCUUCAUUCAGGACUCAUCACUGCCCCUUGUGGCCCCUCGUGGCGCUGCAUGGGCAAACACCACUGUGCCCCUCUCCUGUCUGUCUUCUGUUGUGUGUCUUUUCAGUCAGUUAAAGCGCUGUAGACUCUAUACACUGCCAAGCAACUAUAGGGAGAUCUGAUCUUCUGUUUAGUUUUACUCUGCCUGUCUUAACUGUUUCAUUUGCUGUUGUUGCUCUCGAUGCUGUUGAUUUUUUAUUUUUUUUAUUUUGGUGCCCUUACCGGUUUGCUCUUAGUGGUUUGCUCUCGCUCUCUAGCUAUCUCGUACUCACACACACAUACUUUCCCAAUCGCACCCAAUCGAGCCCCUUUUUCCCCAGACCCAUUUCCAUCGCUAAUGUCCUACUCUGUCUGCCAGGUGUGAGCCAAUAGGGAGGUGUGACAAGACAAGAGCUCUCUACUUGAUAAACGAUCAGGGGGGUAUUCCAAGAACAUGGUUAAGUGAUAAACCUUGCUAGGUUAACUUACAUGAAGUGGCCAAUCUGCUAAUAGGUAGCACACAUGUGUCGUUUAGUUAAGAAAACAAGGACGCUAGUCUCUUAAAUUACUAGAUGGUUUACGACUACCUGAAGGUUAACUUAACCUGAUUUACUACUUAGCCAGGUUCUUGGCAUACUUCUCUGGAAUUAAGACUCAGUCAGGCAGCCCUCUCAUUCAUGAGAAGAUCCCGAUGAAUGACAGGAGUUAGUCAAUGGGGGGAAGCCAUAUUGUCGUUUGCUCUGAAUGGAGAUGUGUUCUUGCUUAGCAUGGCCAGUGUUUUAUUAUUCUAUCGUCUGGUGUGCCCUCGUACGUGCACUGUACGCGUGUGUUGGUCAGUCUGUGUCUGUUUGUGCAUUUGUUUGUUUGUUUGUUUGUGUUGUAAGUGAAUCGCUGGCCCCUUUGCAGCAGAAUAUCCCUGGUUUAUCCCCCACACAGAUUAGAUCGCUUAGAGGUGAGGUGAGGUGCGGGCAAGCUGUUUCAGAUCCACUGGCUAAAGGGACUGAGGAGAGUGUGAGAGCUCAGUGGGAUGCGACAGGGGAGAGAGGCUAUAGGCAUUUUUCAGGUGUGCGUAGGUAGGCCUGUAUUGUAUUUCACAGGAAAUGGGGCUUUUCUUUUAGUGUUGGUUGAGGACCUCCCAUUGGCUGAUACAAUGCAGACAGAGUGGGCCGGCAUGCCUGAGGGAGGGAACGUGUUGGAACAACUUAGCUGAUCUCAGUGCAGCACGUUUCCCUGGAAGUCGACAAGACAAGUCACACAAGUCAUCCUUUAACUCAUCAAAUGGAACUCUUUUCUCCAGAGACGGCCUUACAACAUUUAUUUCCUCAUCAAUCCAACCAAUCCUUUCUCAUACCUAAUCACAAACCCCUAAAAAAAGUAGAGCAAAACGAACUUAAAGAAAUCAUUUUUUACCAAAGACCGUUAUUUUUGUCUUGCUUAUGCUGCCAAACUGCCAAUGAAGAUAAAUUGAUUGAAAGGCACACACACACAUUUGUCCCUAAACGUGACGAGAGAAGACGAAACAUGUAGCUCAUGUUGUAAGGAGCUCACCCCUAUUGCCCCAAGACCCGUAAGUCACUUGUGAUUACUACAGGUGGUAGGCAGUAGGAGCGCAGAGAGGCGUGUGAGUUUGUCCGAAAUAAUUAAGAAAAAAAGAGAAAACAAACAAAAUUCACUUCAGAGUCCCCUCAAUCUCCCCCUCUCUGAAGAGUAUCUUCCCUUCUGGGUCUGAUGCACUCAACUGUAAUAGCACAACUCUUACUUACUUUUUGUCUGUUUCUGUAUUGCUGAUAAGAAAACAAAAUAUGGGUGAAAAGCUUCUGAAGUGUAGCUGUUAGAAAAUACUGUUUUAAGAAAAAAAUAACAAAAAAAAAUCUACCGUAUCUUGUGUGGUGUUGUGGUGUGGGGUUGUAUCUUUGGGGGAAAGGGGGUCCUAUGUUAUCUGGUAGGAAAAGUAAAAAGUACAAACAUGUUCCAAGUGUAACUGGAGAUUUAAAGCCAGUUCCAUGAAAUAAGCCACGUUUAAAAAAAUCCCUGUAAACUGGACAAGCAAAAAAAGACAAAGAGUUAAAAACAAAAGGGAAAAAAAACAAUAGAACAUCAACAUCCACAGUCCAGGGCCUGGUGACGCGAGGGAAGGGAGUAGUAAUACAAGACCAUUUUAUUGGGGGUAGGACUUCAAGAUAAUGGACAAAUCAUUUUAGGCAUAUUUACAGAGUGCUCAACAAAUUCAUAAAGGUCAUAAAAAGAAGACUAAUUUAAAAAAAACUUUAUGUAAGUGUAUUUUUAUUUAUUUAUUAUUUAUGUAUUCCUUUUUGUGGGGAUUGGCUGGUUACAGUACAUCUUUUGAUGUAUAGUUUUUUUUCUCUUCUCUUUUCCUUUUAUUAAAGUUUUAAAAGGGUGAGGGUGUUUGUUGAUUAAGGGGUAAUUAUGCCAUAUGCCAACUUGUAAGACCUUCUCUAAGUCUUCAGCUUUAGGAGGGACCCUAAGAAGACGCUAGAGCAUCUUUAGGGUUUGGCUGUGCUUUCACUAUAAUAAUAUUCGUGUGAAGGACUAUUGUAUUUGGGAUUAAGAAGCCAUGGUGUAAACCAUGCUGCUAUUUAUUUUUAAAGUGGAAGUCAACUAUCGUGUCAAGAGAGUCGCAGCGUGGCACAAGUUUUGCUUGUGCUGGGAGAAGGGGAGGUGGAGGGCUUAUCUUGAAAGGGAAAUCUAGAAAGAGACAGUGUAAUAAACAAAAACUAAAAGCAAAGCCCAUGUACUCAACGGUCAAUGUGUCCGAACAUUCUGGAGUGUUGUCCCUAUCACAUUGUUACUGUCUUUAUAUUUUUCAGUGAGAGAUUUUUUUGUUUGUUUGUUUUGAACAGGUGAAUUUGGGUAUGAUGACGUCAGGAAGAUAGUGAAGGAUAUAGGCUAGUUGUUGAUCAGACUCCAGGACAGCGGGAAGGGGAAAGCUCUUCCACGUCCUGCGUAUCUUAUCAUGGACUCUGCAAUGUUUAGAUUGUGACGGAAAGCAUUGAUUUGAGAGCCAUAUUUGGUGUGUUGAUGUAACAAUGUUAAGAUUCUGUUUUUCUUUAUUUCAGUUCGGCGGGGGUGGGGGGGGUGCACAGGUACAAAAAGGUUUUCAAGGCCGACAUUACGCUUGGUCAUCUUGCCUUUCAGGAGGGACAAGGUGGGAUGGUCACCUGUAAUGUUAUCCUGCUUUUCUGUUUAUUUACCUAGUAAUAACAUCUUUACUGUGUCCUCAUUUCCUCUGGGGUUGACAUAAUGGGUUACAAUAAGACAGAUGACCAUUGGCGAACCAGACGUACAUAAACCAGUUGUAGAGUAAACCUGUCAAUGUCUUAUUAUAUUGAUGACCAUCAUGGGAAAUAAUAUAUAUAUAAGUAUAUAUAUUGGAGAAUGAAUAAUUAUAAUGACCUGUGUUUAUUGUUCGGAGUUAGAAAAUCCAAAUGUGUGUGUGUUUGAAAACAAUGACAUUAAAAAAUAAAUUAAAUAUAUGAG